UCCUUUCCCGCCUUGAGAAACUGGAUGGCUUCUAAUGCGAAGCUCAAGCUGGACAGAGGAGUUCUGCUGGAGGAUGGCAUGCCAGCUGCAAAGAAGCCUAGGAAACUCCUGCCAAGUCUAAAAUGCAAAAAGCCCCAGGAUCUAGUCUUGGUGAUUGGAACAGGCAUCAGUGCAGCAGUGGCUCCUCAGGUGCCAGCCUUGAAGUCUUGGAAGGGCUUAAUCCAGGCCCUGCUGGACGCUGCAAUUGACUUUGACCUUCUGGAAGAGGAGGAGAGGAGAAAAUUUCAGAAGUGUCUCGAGGACAAUAAAAACCUCAUCCACGUUGCUCACGAUCUGAUCCAGAAACUGUCUCCCCGCACGAGCAAUGUCCGUUCUUCAUUCUUCAAAGACUGCUUGUAUGAGGUCUUUGAUGACCUGGAGUCCAAGAUGGAAGACACGGGGAAGCAACUCCUGAGGUCAGUGCUCCAUCUGAUGGAGGACGGUGCCCUUGUUCUGACCACCAAUUUUGAUGAUCUGCUGGAAAUUUAUGCAGCUGAUCAAGGGAAACAUCUUGAAUCUCUUGACCUCACCGAUGAGAAAAAGGUCCUUGAGUGGGCACAGGAGAAGAGGAAGAUGAGUGUCCUUCAUAUCCAUGGAGUCUACACUAAUCCCAGUGGAAUAGUGCUUCAUCCAGCAGGUUACCAGAACGUCCUACGCAACGUAGAAGUUAUGCGGGAGAUCCAGAAGUUGUACGAAGCCAAAUCUUUCCUGUUCUUAGGCUGUGGUUGGACUGUGGAUGAUACAACUUUCCAAGCCCUCUUCCUUGAAGCUGUGAAACACAAGUCAGAUCUGGAGCAUUUUAUGCUUGUGCGUCGUGGAGAUGUGGACGAAUUUAAGAAGCUGCGAGAGAACAUGCUUGACAAAGGGAUUAAGGUCAUCUCCUACGGGGAGGAAUACUCAGACUUGCCUGAAUAUUUUGAGAGGCUGGCAAAUGAGAUCUCCAACUGGAAUCACGCGGGUCCACGACAGGGGGAACAACUGAAUGGCACAGAUACUGUGCGUAUUGAAAACAAAGGUACAGAACUUACUUAACAUUCAGAAUUCCUUGCUGUUAGCUGGGAAGAUGAAUCUUGCUAACCAGCAGGUACCACUCACACUAAAAUUGUCUUUUUAUGUGUGGUAGAAGCUUAGGACUAAACAUAGCAGAAAGUAUCAUACAGGGGAUGGAAGAUGCCCUGGGAAGAAUGGCAGUGGAUGCUUCCCUGAUUCAAAACUCCCAAUAAGCCAGAUUAAGAUGUUUUUUGUGAUGAUUCUGUGUUAGCAGAGACAUGAAGAAAAGCAAUAAAUCCAAUGGUUCUUCCUGCCACCGAAGAACUAAUUUAAAAACCUUUGUUUCUUAGGGAGGAAUAUUUGUUAAAAAGGGAACUGCCAUGUUUUACAGGACAUCUUAGCCUAAGUAAGAACUCUCUAAAACCUGGUUUGGUCAGGUGAAACAGAUUGUGUGCUUCCCGUGUGUAGAGUAACUAGGGCAAUAUCCAGGUAUUUGGCAAUUCAUUUGCCAGAGGUUGGACCCAACUGGAUGAGGCUUACAGGACACAUUGAUAUUGUUCCUGAUUAAUUAAUGCAGCAAACACUCCUGAUCCUGAUCAUUUAAUAGAUCCUGAUGCUGAGGAACAGGAAGCACAUUUCACAAUACGUUUUCCCACUUCUGUUCAUUGCAAGGUCCCCUUGUGAAAAAAGUACCUAGCCUGUUUCAGCAUCGAGAAUCCUUGGGCGAGAGGUAUCAUUUCUGCUUAGAGAAGUGAUAUGAUGCAUGGAAAAUCUGUUAUUUCAUUGGUAGACUGGUCCUCUCACCCUCCCUCUUACAAGAGGGAGUUUCUCAAAACUGCCAUUAAGUUACCACUCCGUAAACUUGGUGUUCUACAAGAGUAUGUAUGGUUGAGAUAAUACGGUGGUAAACUUGAACCUGUGUCUUUUCAGUCUUCUGGGAGCUAGAAAUUAAUCAUGUCAGCCAUUUUGUGUGGUUUCCAGCCAGCCUUUUUUUAUAAGAUUCUCCGUAUUCUUAAGAUAUCUCCCUUCAGUAAGGACAGACAACAACUGAAGAUACUCAGGGAGUAACUGACAAUGCUCGGCAUAUUGUCAGAGCAAGUGACAUGCAGGUCCUGUAGUUACAUGUCUGUAUGGCUGGCUGAGGAAUUCUGGGAAUUGAAGUCCACACAACUUAACGUUGCUGAGGUUGAGAAACGCUGCUGUAGAUUAAGGCAUUAUAUUGGAAAUUCCUUCCAAGAGAGAUUUUCCCAGAGAUGAAGACAUGUUUAUUCAUUGUGAUCUCGUUUUCUAUUUAGGGUUUGUGUCAAUAAAAAAAAAUCAAUCUCUUCAAAACUGAAUUUAUUACUUCUACUUUGAUAUUCUGUAAAAAUUUAGACUGAGUCACGUGAACAUUUUUUUAAAAAAGUGAAACUCUAAUUUUCUAAAUCUUUUAUACUGUACAAAUUUGAAGCUGGGAUUUUUAAAAAGUUCACCUGUCUCCGUUUUACGUGAGCUUUAUGUAAAUUAUUGCUAAUAAUGAUGUUGAUCAGCAUAAUAUGCAUACAGUACUUUUGGUUGACUAACUCAUGGUUUACAUAGCUACCCAAUUCUGGGUUGGCGCAAUACAGUUUACUAAAAUAAUAAGACUAAUUUGUGGCUUACCUGUUCGAUGUACAGUUAAAUGCCGGUUUGAAGCUAGCUUAGCUAGACUUAUUUAACUAUAUUUUGUCUGCUUUCAUAUAUUACUAAGUUGUGAUUUUUAAAGCUAUUGUUUACUGAUCGAUCUUAUCUGGUGGUUUGUAUAUGACACUAAGCCAAAAAAAAUAAAUCACAUGAAGGGUUAAUGCUUGUGUGUUAAUUUGGUCUUUAAUGGACAAAGUGGCAUAACUGUGGAUACACAAGACUUUUCAGAUUUUUGUUUCAACCUGUCCAGUGGGCAGGUGGACGGGCGGGGAAUGUAUUCUUUACAUUCAGAUCAAACUACGGGCUUAACAGCAACAGCUUCCUAUAAGCUCCGCUGCUGGUAAAGCUGGAGGCCCUCCUAAAAUCCCACAGGUGGGCCCAGCGAGAAUACAAGAACAGAAAAUGAGCAAGCUGCACCCCCAGAAAACCUGUUGAUCCCACUUGAUCUUAGAGAAGACGGCUUUUCAAAUCCAGGAAGACAAAGGAAAGGUUUUAGAAAUUUUAUUAUAUAAAUCUUCAGCAGGCAGCAUUCAACUUAUUGCACUAGAGCACAUCUGCAAUGCUGAGCUACCAAGGCGUCUUUGUAGAGACAUUGGUGUUAUUCAACAUAGCACUUUAUAUCAGGAUCAAGAGGCACUCUGAAAGGAGAGGGAAAGGGAGGAAUGCAGCAGGCAGCCACCAGGACCAUCCCUGGUGAAGGAAGGGGAGAAAGAAGCAGACUGGUUGGUUUGGAAAACAAAAGCCAGUUGCAGAUAGGAUAGCAUGCAGUGGCUCCUGCUGGCUGGUUGUGUAUCCUUCCCCCUUGACAGGGGAGAGAGAAAUCAUGAAACCCUCUCCUGAAGCCAGAAGCUCAUCUGCCAAAAUUAAAAUCCAUACAAAGACUUGUUUUUCCCUUUAGGGGAAGGACCCUGUUGGCCGGAGAAGGGGCCAGAUAAAGAAAGUGUCCUUAGAGAACCGUCAGGCACACAACCAUCUGCUUCUCUGGUGUGGAUUGAAGAUCGUGUGCAAAGAUUCAGACACGCUUAAUGCAUAAGGGGUUCAUUCAUACUUCCUCCUCCGAGAACAGAUUUACCUUUCCACUUUGUUGUGGUUCUUUUGCUCUGCAGUUGGGGAACUGCUGUGAUCAAAGCCAGCUUAUGAAGCCUACAGCAUUAGCAGACUCUAUCUCUGCUCCACAUAAUAAUCAGGGACGGCUGAUUUAGCGGCUAGGAAACAGUCAUUUGUUCCGGCGUCAUCCCUUUGGUUUCUCAUCCCCAGAAAUGUCCUCCAGGGUGGCUGCUUAGG